AUGGCGAAGGAAACCAGCGAGGCAAAGUAUCAGAAUUUCAGCGACAGCGGCAUGAGGGACCGGGUCGCAGCGGUGCACGCCCACGAGUACAGCCUCGUAGAGACCGGGGAUGAGGACCCCACCAAUCACAAGUCCGGGUUCAGCUCCAGCGGCUGGGACAAGUAUUACUUCUUCAGCAACCCCGCCAGCUGUGCUGGCCCUGGAAAGGGUGGGCUACACCCCACGGCGCGGCAGGGCCGGAACCGGCCGGCCAUGAGUGGGCCCCAGACCUUCUCCAUCCAGUCCUUCACCCCGGAGGAGCUGGCGCUGGCACGGCAGCGGAUCGAGAAGAAGGGGGCGAGGACCAUCUACUCAGAGUCCUACAGCCAAAUCCCCAGGAGCUCGACUUGCACCAUGGGACCCAUUGAGCGGCCAAGCGGGCAUCAUAUCAUGAAGCAUGCAGCAGCCACAGGCCAGUCCAUCUCGGACACGCUCACGCAGGCGGGCAUGGGCAGCCUCACCAAGGCGGCCAGCGCCUCAGAGCUCAUUGCGGGGCCUUUCGUGGCCCACCGCGCCGGGCCCCACUGGCCGCCCCCUGGGCCCCAGCGCCCGGACCCCCUUCGCACGCGCCAGGAGCUCAUGGCCUGGGGAGAGCACCGGACCUUCGUGGACCUCCACGCCAAGGAUCGCAAGGCCCCAGGCGAGAUCUUCUACACGAUGACCAGUAUUCCCUGA